AUGGCGACUGCUGGCAGCGUGCUGUCUGAAGAGCAGCUACUUUGCCCCAUCUGUCUGGAUUUGUUCAACCAACCAGUGUCCACUCCUUGUGGGCACAACUUCUGCAGGGACUGCAUACAAGGAUACUGGCAGAGUGCUAAUCUGUCACAGUGCCCCAUGUGCAAGCAGAAGUUCUACAGGAGGCCUGAGCUCAAAGUUAACACCUUCAUAUCCGAGGUGGUUUCUCAGUUCAAGGAGUCACUGGAAAAGAAUGAAAAUGAAGCCAAACCCCUGGACCAAUAUUCAGCCCACAAAGGAGAGGUUUCAUGUGAUGUGUGUGUUGGAAAAAAAGUCAAGGCUCUUAAAUCGUGCCUGGACUGUUUGGCCUCCUUCUGCAAGACUCAUUUGGAGCCCCAUCAUGUUCUAGGCACCUUCAAGAAACACCUCCUGACCAACCCCAUGGCGAACAUGCAGGACAGAGUGUGUAAGAAGCACGAGAAACUCCUGGACCUGUUCUGUAAAACCGACCAGACAUAUGUGUGCCAGAUCUGCAUUAAGAAAGACCACAAAUCCCAUCAGACUGUACCUAUAGAGGACGAGAGCAGAGACAGGAGAGCUCAAAUUGGAAGGAUAAAUGCAGAGGUGGAAGAAAUGAUCCACGUCCGACUGCAGAAAAUCAGUGAAAUCAAUCAAACGGUUGAGCUCAGCAGAGGAAACACAGAAAGAGAGGUCGAGGAGAGUUUGCAAGUCUUCAACAAACUGCUCCGCCUAGUCCAGAGAGGCAAAGCCGAGCUGCUGGAGGUGAUUGGUGCAAAGCAGAAGCAAGUUGAAAGCAGGGCCAGCGGGCUCAUCAUGGAGCUGGAGCAGGAGAUCGGUGAGCUGAGGCGGACAAACGCUGAGCUGGAGCAGCUCUCACACACGGAAGACGACCUCUAUCUUCUCCAGAGCAUUCCAACUUUCACCACGCUGCCCGCCACCAAAGACUGGUCUGACGCCAGCAUAGAGAGUGUCGUAUAUGUGGGCGCGGUGAGGAGAGCAGUCAGAAGAGUGGCAUGCCAGCUGGAGGAGACGGUAAAGGCUGAGGUGAUGAGGCUUUGUGAGACCGAAUGUCAGAGGGCUCAGCGGUGUGCUGUCGAUGUGACUCUGGACCCUGAUACUGCUCAUCCCAAACUGGUGCUGUCUGAAAACAAGAAACAGGUCUAUCAUGGCAAUGCAGCGCUGAGCCUCCCAGACAACUCAGAGAGAUUCUACCCUGGGGUCAGCGUUUUAGGAAAGGAGAGUUUCUCCUCGGGCAGGUUCUACUUUGAGGUCCAGGUGAAGGGGAAGACAGAGUGGGAUAUUGGAGUUGCGCUUGAAUCCAUCAACAGAAAAGGAGGGAAUAUGCUAAACCCUGAAAGAGGCUACUGGACGCUGGGGAUGAGAAAGGACAAGAGCUACUGGGCCCUCUCCAGCACGCCUAUCUGUGUGCCGCUGGUGGAGAAGCCCCAGAGGGUCGGGGUGUAUGUGGAUGUGGAGUGGGGGCAGGUUUCUUUUUACAACGUGGACUCUUCUUCUCAUAUCUACUCAUUCACUGGAUACUCAUUCAAUGAAAGACUCUUCCCUUAUUUUAACCCCCGGCGUAAUCAUGGCGGGGUCAACUCUGCUCCUCUGAUCAUCUCGCCUGUCGACAUCUAAAAUCUGACAAAAUUUCAUCUCUUCCUGCUUCUAGAGUUAUUCAGUUAUUUUUUAAUCAUCAUUUUCAGAUGAAAGUUAGCGAUGGUUGGC